AUGCCCAAGGUGGUGUGUGACUUGUUGUGGACCGUCACCAGUCCACAUUUGCUCAGCGACGAUCGAUUUCCUGUUUUACCGGCGGAAUUUGGCGUCGAAGCUUUGAAAUUCGAUGUGGUCAUCGACUGGCUGAACGCCCUCGUACAAGACCCAACGCCAUUGCUGACGUUCCUGCAAGAAACAACGUCGAACGGUCGAUCGUUGGCGCUGGUGGCGUUGUACACCUCGCAAAGUGGAAACCAAAGAACGAACAAGUCGUGGUCAAGCGUGUGGCCCCCGAGAAAUCCAAAAGUGUCCGCGAACUGCAGCGUUUUACCCGGGAAAUCCGUCUGUAUGGCAGUUUAA